AUGCUUCUGACACACCUCAUUUUAUUUCUAAUUACCCUCUUACACCUAAUCACCGAAUCAAAUGGGUCCGCCGCUGAAGUUCGACUUAUCAAUGAUCUCAUGUCGGGAUAUGUUCGGGAAGAGAGACCGAUUCUGGAUAGCUCGAAACCGGUGAAAGUGAUGCUAGGGGUCUCGUUGCAGCAGAUUAUUAAUUUGUCUGAAAAAGAGGAGCAACUAGAAGUGAACGCGUGGCUGAAGUUCUCCUGGCGAGAUGAGAAUUUACGAUGGGAGCCGACGGCGUAUGAGAACGUGACAGAUCUACGACACCCGCCGGAUGCUCUGUGGACUCCAGAUAUUCUUCUUUAUAAUAGCGUCGACGCGGAGUUUGAUUCCUCAUACAAAGUGAACCUAGUCAAUUACCAUACUGGAUAUAUCAAUUGGAUGCCUCCAGGCAUUUUCAAAGUUUCCUGUAAACUUGAUAUUUAUUGGUUUCCGUUUGAUGAGCAGAUUUGUUACUUUAAGUUUGGGUCUUGGACAUAUACUCGUGAUAAGAUAGAGCUGGAAAAGGGGGAUUUUGAUUUCUCGGAAUUCAUUCCAAAUGGGGAGUGGAUUAUCAUUAGCAAUCGGACGAAUAUCACUGUGAAGCAGUACGAAUGUUGUCCUGAGCAAUACGAAGAUAUCACUUUUACACUUCAUUUGAGGAGAAGGACAUUAUACUACUCUUUUAACCUCAUCGCCCCUGUCCUUCUCACCAUGGUUCUGGUUAUCCUUGGAUUCACGGUUAGCCCAGAAACUUGCGAAAAAGUUGGACUACAGAUAUCCGUCUCUCUUGCCAUCUGUAUCUUCCUCACAAUCAUGAGUGAACUAACUCCACAGACUUCUGAAGCCGUCCCGCUCCUCGGAGUCUUCUUCCACACCUGUAACGCCAUUUCAGUUCUAGCCACCUCGUUUACAGUAUAUGUACAAAGCUUUCAUUUCCGGAAUCAACAUGUUCAUGAGAGAAUGGGAUUUUGGAUGCGAUUUAUUCUCCUGGAAUGGUCUCCGUGGCUGUUAAGAAUCAAAAUGCCAGAUCGUGACAAUAACAUGGCCACUCUGAAAGAUAGUUGGAAAAUGAGAAAUCGGAGAGAGUCGAUGGCUCGAACUGCAUUUGAGUAUGCAGACGGACCCGUUACCCAGAUACAUACAAUGGGAAUUAUGUUGAAAGAAAAUUUUGAGGAACUCAUUUAUCAGGUCAAACAGGAGAAAUCGACAGAUGAGAAAAGUGUCGAAAGAUUGCGGGUGUUGCAGAAAAUCUAUGAUCAUGUUAAGAUGAUCCGUGAACACGACGACGACAAUGACGAAGACAGCCGCGUCGCCCUUGAAUGGCGAUUCGCCGCCAUCGUCGUCGACCGCCUUUGCCUUCUGGUCUUCUCGAUUCUCAUCAUUAUCGUAUCCAUCAUCAUCGCUUGGCGUGCACCGUAUCUCUUUGCCUAG